AUGCCAUCCUCUAGACCAAGUAUGCCCCCUCCUGUAGAGUGCGAUCAACCGCUUCAAAGCCAGACAGAAACUCUUUUCAUGACAGUGUCAGGAGAUACAACAGCUGUUACAGAUGCUUUUCUGACAUCUUCUCUGGUGGAUGCAAGCAUGGCCAUGGACAAUUCCACUGGAUGCACUCCAGCAAUGCUAUCCGCCAUGGUUGCAAGCCGUGUUGCUCAGAGGCGGCGAAGGCUGCAGGGAACUACUCUUAUUGAUGUGGGUCUUGUUGCCCUGGGGUUUCAGUCAUCGCGGAGCCCAACAUCUUCACCCACCAAAGCUCCAACAUUGCCACCUACAAAUUCUCCAUCACACGCUCCUUCCGAUUCACCAACAAAUGUGCCAACUGAUCCACCAACUGAUCCACCAACUCUUCAGCCAACCAACCCACCAACUCGUCAGCCAACAGAAUUUCCAACUAAUCCACCAACUGACGCUCCAACCGAUCCACCAACAGAUACACCAACCGAUCCACCGACAGAAUCGCCAACAGAAGCUCCAACAGAAACUCCAACAGAUCCACCAACACCAGCCCCUACCAACGGAACACAGCCAGUGAUUAAUGGCCGUCUACAAGAUACUGAGGUCUCUGUUAGAGGCAGAAUUUCUGAAUUUGAUCGAGCCCUAUUGCAGGGACCAAAUCCGUGUUACAUGGUGCACGCAGAGUUUGGAGAUGACUUGGAUUAUCGCAGGCUCUGUCAUGACUACUUGUCCCUGGAGUAUAUCCAACCAAACUGCACGGGUCUGCCAGAUGUUGUCCCCAAAAUCGUUCACUCUGUGGGGAAGGAUCAAGACCUGAACUACCUGCAAUUUGCAACAGGUGGAGCCAACCCAACUUUUGUUUUGCAACACCAAGGUGAUGACAGUGCACUCGAGUAUAUACAAAGACACUGCGGAACGGAUGCCGCUAGAGCCUACUCUUGCAUGUUAGCACCAGCCUACCGAGCUGAUAUAUUUCGUUUCUGUGCAUUGUCUUCGGAAGGUGGCAUAUAUUUGGACGAGGACAUCAUGCCUCUCGUGCCGUUAGAGGAAUUGUACUCUCCAUGCUCUGCUGCAACUGUUGGUCAUGAUAUUCCUUCUCCAAAUGAUGGCAUUCCUGGAAAACAGAUGAAGAUCCUUGCUGCAAAACCUGGGGCCCGAAUCUUUCAGUGUGCACUCGACCAAAUAAUUGAAAAUGUAAAAUACAGGUGGUAUCCAGAGACUCCUUUGCAGUUGACUGGUCCUCUGUUGCUGCACCAAUGCUAUGUGCAAAACUCAGAAGAUGUGGCCAUCACGUAUCGUGACACAAGAAAUGCCCGCUUUCCCUACACUGGACUGCGCCGAGGAGACCAAAUCCUUGCCUAUGAAGCUCCUCUUUCGGCAAAACACUUUCGGAAGCCUGACUCAAGUGAUUACGGAGAAAUCUUCUACACACGCAAGGUCUACAGAGAGACAUGUGCCCUUGAAACUCUCUUUCGGUUUCCAUCCAUUGACGAUAGAAUCAAGUAUUACAUGGCAACAUGGAUUGAUGGGCGGAGUGUUGAUACAAAGCAUGCUUGCGAGACUGUGGAUCCAUUUCAGGCAUCCUCCAUGCAUUGGGCAAAGACCACACCAAGCAUAUUCACGUCCACUAGUCUGAAACAGUCGUAUGGAGUUUAUGUGGAGGAUGCUCUCAAAUAUCUUGUAUCACAUUGGGUACACCCAGAAGAAAGUGUCCCUACAUUCAUGAUGCAGCUUGGUGACACUAGAGCCAACUUUGAUUUACCUGUGAUGGUCAAAACGAGGUCAGUGACAGUGGGAGCUGCUUCCCAGCUAGACCCUAUCAUCGUUCCGUUGGAAAUGGAUCGUCAUUUUGGUCCGCUAGCAAAAGUUCACGACAGUGAUACUGCGUGGGAAUUGAAGAAAGAAAUUUUAAUCUGGCGAGGUGCUUCUACAGGGACACGGCACCAAGUAAUUGAGCAGCUUGUUUCACGGCCAUCAAAAGAUAUUGAUGUCGGAUUCACAGCUUUGGUUCAGGACUACAGGCCAGUGAAUAGGACAGCUGUGACCAGACCAGCAAUGAACAUGAAAGAGCUGCUAUCAUACAAGUAUCUUUUGAGCUUGGAAGGGAAUGAUGUAGCAUCGGGUCUCAAAUGGAAGCUUUACUCAAACUCUGUGGUGUUCAUGGCCACCCCCACAUGUGCUUCGUGGGCAAUGGAAGACCUACUAGUGCCGUACUAUCACUAUAUACCAUUGAAAGACGACUUUUCUGACCUGAAAGAGAAAAUUCAGUGGGCACGGGAGAAUGACGAUGCGUGCGCCCAAAUCGCCCAGCAAGCAACAAAGUACAUGCAAGAUCUGUGGGCGAGUGACAAGGCUCAGAUCGACACAAACCUAAUUGUUGGAGAAAUUGUAUCACGAUACCAGUUCUCGUAUGGAGAAACCACACUGCAGCAAUGCUUGGGAAACUCUGGGCUUCCUGGUGCGGCACUUGGCCAGCUCCCUCCAUGA